AUGGUUCUUUUUCUGGAUUUUUUCUUUAGUGAUCCUUCUGUAUGUAGACAACACCAGUACAACGUACAAUUUCCACUGCUAUUCAUAUGUGGAAAAGCAAUAUUAUCGUCAAGUUAUACACUUGGUGUUGGAUGUGAAUCAGUUUGCACAGCUUUGCACGAAAUUAUUCAUACUCUUGGUUUUUUCCAUACAUGCUCAAGAACUGAUAGAGAUUCAUAUGUAAUUAUUUAUGACAAAAAUAUUCAAAAAAUUAAUUGCAUGGUUCACAAUUUUCAUAAAUAUUCGCAUGGUAAAAUUGACCAUCUCAACUCUCCUUAUGACAUAACGUCAAUUAUGCACCUCCCUUAA